GCUGCUUCCGGGCUCCGCGGCUCGGGGUGGCUCCGCGAGGCCGCGGCCCCGACGCUGGGCCCGGGAGGGGCCACGCGCACAGCGCCGCGACGCCUGGCUCCCCCGAUAGGCCCGCGCUUUGCCUUGCCACAGGGAUCUCCGAAGACAUCUCCGUUCUGACCUUGCGGAGGUAGCGUCUCUGCUGCGUGCUCAGAGGCCGGUCGGGCCACUUUGUGGGAAUCUUAGCCCCUGAAAUCAAGGGACGAACACUGCUGGCUAGAGUUUGCUGGACAUCUUCAUCACACCCCCCACCAGAGAGACUUCCUAUUCCUUGAGCUCUCUUAGGCAGCAGUUUAUGAGUCCCCAGAUUCAGGAGCGCCUAAACUCAGGGUCGCCUUCCUUCCUUCUUUCUUGGAUGGAGCACCGCGUCCCCAGUUUCUGGGGCACCUUGUGGCGUGGCCUUGGUGAGUGAAACUUGGGGUGCUGCCUGCUGGGAAGGAAGUCCAGAAACACCAAGAGGACACUCUGAGGGUGACCCAGGAGGCCUUGUCAGAUCCUAAGACUCUUGGAAUCGUGUGUGUGGGGUGGUGGUGGUGAAUGAAUUGGGUGUGCCUAUUUGCCACACUUGAGACUGCAUGACCAUUUGGGGAAGUGAGGAGCCACUACUGAAUUUAGAGUAGGAUGGCAUCACCAAACUAAUACGCGUUCUGAGCCUGAACAGAUUCUGAUUUCUGAGGAGACGCUGAGAGUCUAAGCAGUGCUUGUAAGCUGCCCCAGAAUUUGGGGACUCAUUACACACCUCAACCAUGUUCCUGCGACGACUUGGUGGCUGGCUCCCUCUCCCCUGGGGCCGUCGGAAACCAACGAGGCCUGACCCACCUGCCUCAGAACCCAGACAGGUGGACAGCUCCCCUGAGACUUCAGGGAGUGACUGGGACAGUGCCCCAGAAACCAUGAGAGGUGUGGGGCCUCUCAAGACUAAGGAUUCAGGGGCACCAAGGAGCUCUGGGGCUGCUCCAGAACCAAGCAGGGAGUCCCGAGUUGAGCAAGUGGGGAGUAAAAGAAUAGAUUCCCUCAAGUGGGACAAGGCUGUCUCUAGGGCUCAAGAGUCUGGAAGGCUGAAUGCUGGAGGGGCCAUUCCCAAACUGGGAUGGGAUCCUGUGGAUUUAGGCAGCACCAGGAGACCCAGGGUGUCACCUGAAGGGGGACUGAGCACUCCUGGCCCUGAAGCCCCAGUGGAGAAACCUAGCCAGCAUCAGAAGCUGCUGGGCUGGCUGCGGGGGGAGCCAGGGACUCCCUCACGGUACCUGGGCGGCCCAGAGGAGUGUCUGCAGAUCUCCACCAACCUGACCCUGCACCUCCUGGAGCUGCUGGCCUCAGCCCUGCUGGCGCUGUGCUCACGACCGCUGCGGGCAGCCUUGGAUGCAUUGGGCCUGCGUGGACCUCUGGGCCUCUGGUUACAUGGGCUGCUGUCCUUCCUGGCUGCCCUGCAUGGGCUCCAUGCUGUGCUGAGCCUAAUUACUGCCCACCCCCUGCACUUUGCCUGCCUCUUUGGCCUCCUGCAGGCCCUAGUGCUAGCUGUCAGCCUCCGGGAGCCCAGUGGGGAUGAGGAGGCCACUGACUGGGAGGGUGAGAAGUUGGGGAGAGAGGAUGAGGAGCAGAGGGGAGACCCAGGAAAAGGGCUGUGACCAUGGGGUGGGAUGGGGGCAAAGGGUGAAGACAGUGUGGCCUUUAGGAGGAGAGUGGGGGGCAUGACCAGAUUGUAGGCGCAGGGACCUCAGGGAUGGGGAAGAAACCCCAGAGUAUGAGGGCUCAGGGCCCCCCUUCACACGGAGAGAACAAAGCUUAUUUAGGGUGUCUGUUUAUGGACAGUGGGGGCAUCGCCCUUAGAUUCACCAGCUGUUACUUUUUGCUUUUACAUUUCUCCCACCUCCAUUUUUUUUCCACCUCUACUUUUUAAAAGCCAAAAGAAAAAAAAUGUGUGGUGGUGGAAGGAAGACCAAAGGGUCCUCUCUACCUUUCAACAUUCCCCAGGGGUGGAGGAGACCAGAGGCAGGACAAGCAGACCUCGGCAGUAAGAGGGUGGUUGGGAGACCCAAGGGAUCCUUUGGGUCUUGGGAUGUGACCCAUCUAGGGAAGAGUGGGGCUACUACGUGGGUGGACUAGGGGGUCUGGGUCCAGAUGGGGGCCUACAGGUGUCAAGGAGCCUGCAGGGAUGAUCUGGUGCCUGAGGGAGCAAGAGGGAGUGGGAAUGGUGCAGGCAGUAUUAGCGGGAGGGCCAGCUGAGAAGGGCUGGCAGCUCAGACAGGUAGUGUGGGAGAAGCACUGGAGCUGUAGUCCCCACUCAGGGGCUAGGGAUUUGCUCACUCAGCAAUAAAUGUGUCACACCAAAUCCUAAAUAUACCACUACAAAAUGAGAA